CCUUCAUCAAAGUUCCUCCACCAUGGACGGAUCCAACAACAUCUCAGUUUUGUCAUACAGAAGGUUCCAGCCUGUGGGGAAGGUGAGGCGGCGGGUUCAGGGCCUUCGCAUCCCCUCGUCCUCUAAUUAUUGCCCCUGUACGACCAGCGGAACCAAACCGGACCUGAGCCACAACGAGAGCGCGCGGUUAGCGGCCGACUGCCUGCUGUCCCAGGGCCUGGACGGAUACCGCCAAGUGCUGCAGGCAGAGGGGGAGGUGGACUUCCUGUCAGAGCUGGAGAAGCUUUACGUCCUACAAAACGGGAGAGAUGCAAACACAGAUGAUGCAGAUGAAAUAGACAACAUGGAUAAAGAGUUUGUCAACCUGUUUGCCCAUUGUGAGUCCGAAACGAGCAGCGACUCCACAGUGGAGUGUUUGGACCAGAAGAUCGAUAAAGCCCUAGAUCCCAGCCCCGAGGUGUUUCUCCAGUCUGAUAGGACUGCAGCUGCCAUGAAGGAUCUGGUCAGACAGUUCCUCCGAAAGGCUAAACUGGUCUUGGCUGUAGUGAUGGACGCCUUCAGUGACCCGGAGCUGCUGUGUGAUCUUCUCGAGGCGAGCAGGAAGAGAAACGUGUCUGUUCACCUCCUGCUGGACCACGUUAACCUGGAGGGGUUUGUCAGCAUGUGGCAGGAACUCAAACUCAUCAGCAGAAACUUCCCGAAGGUGUCGGUGCGAAGCGUCCCAGGUCAGACCUACAGCGCAAAGACGGGCAGGAAGCUGACAGGUCAGAUAGCGGAGAGUUUUAUCAUCGCUGACUGGGAUGAGGUGUUGACUGGUACAUACAGUUUCACAUGGCUGUCCAGUAUGGUCCAUCAGAGUCUUCUGGUUCUCAUCAAAGGUUCCUCGGUCUCACAUUUCCAUCAGGAGUUCCUCAGGCUUCACUCCAGCUCCAAGCCGGUCCCUGGAUUUGUCACUUUCAUCUCUCUGCCACAGUGUCUUUGCCUUUACUCCCAAUCUCAUGAGCAUCCAAAUGGCUGUAACUGGAAAUCCCACAAGACUGUGACAGCAGCAUGUUCACCUGGAGAGAUUAGUCUACAGCCUCCUCAAGGCGAUAAGCAGCCCAUAGAGAAAAUACGUCCACAUCUGCCUCUGUGGCCUUCGGUUCAAACAGCAGCAGAAAGUGGGACAGGAGCCAAGACGGAGCUGCAGAAUCAGAACCAGAUUCACGGUCGCCCUCAUCUUCCCGAUCAGACCUUCUCAGAUGUUCAGCUUCUCAGCACCACCGUGAAGAAGAAUGCCGAGGUCCAAGAGCCGCGCAAUCUGAACGAUCUGUCUCUAACACACGGACGGCAAAAUGUUCACGGUCAGUCAGGCUUAAGGAAGCAAAACAGCCUCGCUCUCCCAGAUGGGAGCAGCGAAGGAGUUUUCGCUCAGCAAAGGAACAGAAACACGUCGGCAGGGUUCACACCAGACAUCCAAGCACAAAGAGACCAACCGGAUUCCUCACGAAUUGCUCACGCUAAGGUGGAACUUCAGUGUGAUCAACCUCAACUCCUCUCACCUCCGUCGUCACAGAAAACACGACCGAACUUCAGCCGUCAGGUCUCUUUCAGGAGCUCCAGGGAGUACAUGCCCAACCUCCAACCCAACGCCUUCAGAGGAACCAACAAGCAGGAAGGGUUCAUGGACCGGCAUCAGGGUCGUCUGAACUUGUCCUCUCACACAGUGACCUCCUGCUUUAGACCAGCACCAACAGGAACAGGAACCGCUCUCGGUCCUCAGCAGCAGGCGGAGUCCAAGCGGUUCCUGUCAGGAUUACGGGCCACGAUGCAACCGCAUCACGUCAGACUGCACUGGAGCCCACAGGAGGCUGCGCGACCCGGAGCGAUGGCUCGCUACAACUCCUUCAGCGGUGCACAUGAGACGGGGCAGGCAGGCUGGAGAACCCUGCAGAGCAGCAGCAGCACGUCGCUGCGAAGGAGCCUGAGCCUGACGGAGAGAAGCCCAGCAGGAUACAGAGGAGCAGGACUUCACCCUGUAUCAAUACAUCCACAGUUUUAAUGAAAAGCCCAUGCAUUAACAGAGCUCCACUGGACUGAGAGAUUCAAUCAGUGGACAAGACGCAGCCCAAAAACAAAGCAAUGCAGAAAUCUGAAAUCAAAGAGAAAUUGUACGUAAUUUUCAAAAUGCAAUAAAAAACGUAAGAAAAAAAAAAGAAAAUGCUCCAUUUCUUCUUUGCCCCUUUACUUUGAUACCACUGGAUAGAGUCCAUUGCAACCAAAGGUCUUUGGACGCCACAUAACACAUAGCGUUAGUUUUCCACCACGUUAUUCUCCAUUCACAUGGUGAAAC